ACACACGCUGCACGAGCGUACCGCGCACCUCGACAUAGAUAACAACUUCUGGCGCUUGUGGCUGAGACUUUCUCGAGGAGGUGAACUGGUGUACUACGGAGUGGACGCUGUGGAGCUCGUUCAGCUGUUUGGCUCAGUUCACGUUCGAAGAACCACCAGGAGGUGGACGGACCCUCAUGGGUAAUAGCAUGGGGGGGAAAUGCUCGACAAUGACAUGCGCAGAAUGCGCCGGAAAGCACAAGAAGUGUAAGACGACGACAAUGGGACGGUGGGUGAGGCUUCAGACAAGCGGACGACCGCCCUCACCGCGCUCCGGCCACGACGUUGCGGUAAUAGGAAACAAGGCCUACCUCUUCGGAGGGUGCGGGGGAGACGAGGACCAGAUCACGUGUCUCAACGACAUGUACGUCUUCGACCUGCAGAUGCACCGCUGGGAGCGAGCUGCCCCGAAGGGCGACUCUAUCCACGCCCGCGCGUCCUUCGGCAUGUGCCAGGGCCCCACCCCCGGCACGGUCAUCGUCGCCGGGGGGACGGGGGUCGAGAUGGACAGCUUGAGGGCGGACGUCGUGGAGUACAACACUCGGACGCGCACCUGGACGAGCGUUCUGACGGACUCGGAGGAGACCCCGUGCAAGUUCUACGGUCAGAGCGUCUGCACCUACGGGGACAACCUGCUCCUGUUCGGCGGGUCGACCGGGCUGCACUACUCGAACGACCUCUUCGAGUACAACGUGUGCAGCAACCGCUGGAGGAAGCUGACCACCACGGGGAGGAAGCCUUCUCCCAGGUACAAGCACCAGGCCGUCGCUGUCGGCGACAAGAUGUACGUCAUCGGCGGAGGCUGCUUCAAGCCCGAGCAGAGCAGCAUCGACCUCUACUGCCUGGACCUCAAGACCCUGGUAUGGGAGAUGGACGAGACGGAGAUGAAGGGAGACCUCCCGAAGGCGCGAGUGGCCCACAGCUGCAGCUUCGACCCGGUUGGUGGAGACAUCUACCUGUGGGGCGGCUUCACGGGCGAGCUCAGCCGACUCGCGGACUUUUACGUGUACAACUGCAAGUCCGCGUGCUGGAGGCGUCUGGUGAUGGAAGGGGGCGACGCCAGCCCCCCCGCCCGGGCCUUCCACUCUGCGGUGUUCCACGACGGGGCGUUGUAUCUGUUCAGCGGCGCGAACGGCGACAUCCGCUACAACGACGUGUGGCGGUAUCAGGUGAGGGGAUCUCCGCCCAGCCUGGCGGUACUGGCGUCCAAGGUCCUCCUCGAGGAGUCCGGUCUCAACACCAACCUCGAGCUAAAGUUCAAGAACAAGGUGCCCGACGAGGUGAUCGAGGGCGUCAAGCACAUGAACGAGUACGCGGAGUGCAUGUGAAACCAGGCGCGUUCGUUUGUUGUUGUCGCCCCGGAUGUGAAACGGGAUUCCUGCGAGGGCGACUUUCCUGGUACGGGUAGAUCCGGUCAGCGUUUCCCCCCAAAAGUCUACUCUAAAGGCCCUGGUUUGGUUUCAUGCGAUUUGAUUGGAUGGUUGGAUGGUUGGGUUGGUGGUCUGGCGAGGGUAAUGAUUGGUGUUGGAUGGUGGGUUAUGAGAGCCGAGUGCACGGGGCCACGCUGCUGACGGCGGGCAGGGACGAACUACGUCCGAUGGAAGCACGCGGGCUACUUACGGGGAGGGGGAGGGGGGCUGGGAAUGACGUGGGAAUAUAGUGGUUCCCUCAUGGACUCUACUUGCAAUGUCUCCCUUGCGGUGGUAGUCAGAAGUGUCACUCGUGUUCAGCAUGGCGUAUCGCAUGCCCUUCGAAUACCUGCAUGGCUAACCCUAGACACUACCCUCCCGUGUAAACGGAAUCGUUGACGACGUGAUCGGAUGUCAUCCUUGUGCGUUUUCUUGUGUAGACAACGUGUCGUCGCUGGGGACGAACACCCCCCCCCGACCUCUUUGGCGACCAAAGAAUGUUGAACGUGCUAUCUGCUGAGUGGGGAGGUAUAUGAGCAGCUGUAUGGGUGGUGUGCUAACUUGUUUUUUGUACAGUAGUAUACGAGGGUGUAGGUGUGGCACCCUCCUACUAGGAUAUAACGAUAUUACGGGACAUGCUGUCUCAUUCAUGUGUGGUAACUGUGUGUGUACGAACGUUUAUCAGCGUGGAGGUGUUGCUGGCGGGCGAGCAGCCCCCGAACAGCAACGGCGCGGCAUUCCGUUGGGUAUAGAAAAUGGUCGCCUUUGUGGAGGAGCACAAUAGCAUUGCCAUGGACUUGUCUGUGCUACAGUAACUUGUUGUGAGUGCUAUCGUUUUCUUUGGCAGUUGAACAGACAGUCAACCCGGUUGUGAGUGUUCAUUUUUGUGGCCUGGAAGGAAGCAGCGGGCGGUUUGAAGCUAUGGGAAAUAUUCUAUGGUAGAGUAUUUAGACGGGAGUUUUCUCGGCGGUAGAGAGCCGGGGAGCAGUACUGUCGAGGAAUGUUGAUGCGCGCACAGCGUGGGAAAACUCCCAUUGUACCAUCCAACAUCCCCAGCAAAAAUAGUGUAAUGCCUGUUCAAUCCCAUCCACGGUGCUUUCCUUCCUGAAAAAAAGCAAAAAUAUUUUGUAGUGCGUGCCUCCUGUGCUGUAAUUGAAAAGUAAACGUGACGUGUUUGUAUGUAUCUGGUUGUGUACACAUUGACAUGUUUGGUUGUGAAACAGUCAAUAAUUCCCUGUGUAUCGCCCCCCUCCCCCCCUGGAUGUGUACCUAUAUGGUGCUUUGGAGUUCUGCGUGCGUUGGACCAAAGCGUCAAGAACACGUAUCCCUAGAUGUAAUUGUGUGCGGUAAUAACAAAGGUAUCCCACGACGCGCAGAGCCGACUAUCGCUGCCCAAAAUUACCUAGUACCGCGGUUACCUCUCCAUGGUUCCGCGUUUUGUUUGUAUUGCCCGGUGGAUGUGGGACGGGGGAGGUCAUUUGGUGUGUUCAAGUACCUUUAAAGUAUUGAAACGAGGCAGACGGAUGCCUGGUAGAUUAUACGCAGGAGGUGAUCGCCUUAGAAGGACGAAGUCGAUGUUGAUUGUUCGUGUUGUUAUUGAUGGAGCGUGCGAUACGAAAAAUUGUAAAAACCCAAUUGCCAACCGGAAAGAUGCACGUGCUUGCCGAUCCACGCGUUGUUUUUUUCGUGGAUGCCACCCUUUCCUGGCAAGUUCAUGACAUGUUGUCGAACAAACAAGCGCUGAUUGUUGAACAAAAUUGGUCUUGGGGUGACGAUUGAUGACGUCAUGGCAACCGCAGUGCAAACUGACCGAGGACUACCGCAGCUCUGCUCGCCGGCUCCCACGCAGAACACGCUUAUUUUGUGCGCAAACAAAUGCCCUUCCGGGGGUUGAGUUUUAUCCUCAGAACGAAGAAGGUCGGUCGCGUUUUUACUGAUAUGCCGAGUGCGCCGGGAACGAUGCAACAUUUUCACGUGACAUGUUGAAACGUACAGAUGCAGAGUUCAGAGACACCGGGGUAUUUUUUCUGCCUUGGCGUGCACCGAAACACAACAAAUACACGUGCAAAAAUUAUCGAGAUGUACAACAACAAAAUGACAGGGGAGGGGUUUCGCCGCCGUGUGUGUGAAAAACUCCCCGGCCCCCCACCCUCACGUGUUGUUAAUGUGCCGCUUGAUACUCUAUUUGGUAGUCUGUUCGACGAGGUGGCGACGACACCGGGUGCCCAAAGAUUGCUCAACGACAGCGUGCUCCGCGGCAUGGAUGAACAAGAUCAUAAAGUCUCCCAAAGUAAAAACAUCACCCACCGCUGCAUGCCCACCCAACUUCCUGCCUCCAACGACCGCCACCGCCCUUAAGAUUUCCUGAAGGGUCAAAGGCGUCUUGCACGACCGGGUUUAUCCGCACACUCGGCAGGGAAUUUGCAGGAAUUAUACUUCGUGUGUACGAAGUGGGCCUGUCGAGAGAUGUUACCUUUUAUCCAAUAUGAUACGGUAGUGGACGAAAACCUUUUUUUGUUGGUGGCGGUCGUUUCGUCUGGACCAUGGGCAGUAGUGAGAAAGCCACUGGAAUCUCGAAUGUCCCGUAGAAACGAAUAGAGAGUAGCCGAGUGUUGUUGACGUUGUCGUAUCUGUUUGGAGAAGGGGAGGUCCUCCGUGCCGAAGGAGCUUCACCCGUGGCCAGCGAUUUAACGCCUUGCACUACGGAGUAUGCCACAAGCAAUCAAUGGAGCACCUCCCGCCACCGCCGGGGGAAACUCAGGGCUAGUUGGGGUCAAUUCUCCCGCGCGAAAUUUCAUUUCCUCACACGUUUCCGUGAUCUGCCUCCACACGCCAAAAUGCAAAACUACAAACAAGCGCGAUUUUGGCCUUGUCGUGCCCACGGCACACGCCGAGGAGGGUGCGGUCGUUCAUUUUCUCCGGAUACAACAAGAAAAGAAAUCGCCCCGCCCCAGCAGUUUAUUCUCAUUGUUUCCGGAUUCCCCUGCAAGCCAAGCGCAAACGAAACGAAGCACCGACGGUGGGCCUAGCUCCAGAUCGAGAGGAACACGACCUCGCCCCUUGUCGUUGGAAGGACUUCGCUCUGAAACGCUACUUUCAGGCUGGAAGGGUUGAUAAAUGAGUUAUGGUCAUCAACGUUUGUACGGUACACCAUGGGUAGCUACCCCACUGACGCUCCCGAGUAGACCUUCGCUGCCGAAAGCUUGACCAACAAUCCCCCCACACUUUGUACCGGCGUCUAUCCUUCAAGCUCCAAGAUAUCUACGUACCGCUUGGUGCUCCUUCUCUUUUGGGUCAUUUGGUCGGUCAUUUUAAAACAAGGUUCCUGAGUAUGUUAGGUCUGACAUUUUGUCUUGCAUUAUCCACCCCUCUCCUUGCGGAGAAUUCAGGAUGAUAGUGUCUGACCAGAUUCCCACCGCCCCAUGAGAACCGGUAAUGUUUUACGGUUAUGUCACCACGAGUCCCCAACCUUCAUGUGCAUCGCACAGUUGACCAAAGGGAUUGCUGUGUCUAUAUUUAUGCUUCGUUUCCGUUUUCGUGUUGGUGUGUAAGGUGGCCAAUAACCUUCUACUCUUGCUUACUUUUGCGUUUUCAACUGUGAAAAAAAAAAAAAAUGGAUUGUGUUACGGUAUGGGAAAAUAUAAAGUCGGAUAGUUCAGUUUUACCGUGUCUAGCUUGUCAGGUUUAUGUUACGGUAUGGGAAAAUAAAAGGUCGGUUAGUUCAGCUCUUUCAUGUCUGGCUUAGCGGGUUUGUGUUACGGUAUGGGAAAAAAUAUAAAGUUGGUUAGUUCAGUUAUUUCAU